ACUCAGCAAAUACGAUUAAUCUGAAGUUGUUUCCAACAUAUCGAAAUCCACCAUCAGUAUAUUAUUAUCAAGUACCAAUUUGUACCGUUAAUCUUAAAGCAUUAAUGGAUGGUAAUUGGGAUAUCACCAUGAAAAAGAUUGCUGAAUUAGCUGAUGUAGAUUAUGAACUUGCUCGAAAGUGCAUGGAACACCUUUUUAAAUGUAUUAUUAUAGUUGAUACCUUUCAGUUUUCAAAUGUAUAUGCUGUGAAGCCUGAUAUUACAAGAGUAAUCGAAGACGAAACUGUUCAAAGUGAAUGUCUGUCUUAUGUGAGAAAACGAGGCAAAAUACCACUACCAUCUGCAAAGUUAUUUUCACUUUACUGUCAAUUGAAGCAUGGAUUAGA